AUGGCGAGUCAGACACUCAAUGGUUGGUGGUCUAAGCAUGAUCUGGUCUACACAGAUGACGACCCCUUCGUCCUCUUUCCAACUGAAAUGCCUUCACUAGACUUAAGUGGGUAUUCUUCGUUGGAUUGGCAAUAUGACUUGCCCAUACAAGAGAGCUUCCUUGAUGCUGUUCCUUUGACGGAGUCCUUUCCUACAGACCCUCUUUCUGCUCCCGUUGAUAUUCUUCAGCCAACCACAAGCGUCAUCCAAGGUGAUAUUUUCUGUGGUUAUGGAGUUUGGAAUGAGAUAGGUGGUGGGUUUGAGGCUGAAAACCAGGCUUUAGUGUUGUGUAACAAUGGAAAGAAAGGCAUGAAGGAAGCGAGAGUAGAGGGGAAGAUGAAGAGGUCCAGGGAAGAGAGAUGCAGCAGUACUUCUAGCUUGUUAUCUAAGAAAGCCAUUUCCCAGUACUUUUACAUGCCUAUAACGCAGGCUGCAAAAGAGCUUAAUGUCGGCUUGACACUUCUGAAAAAAAGAAGUAGGGAAUUGGGUAUUCGUAGGUGGCCUCACAGGAAGCUGAUGAGCCUCCAAACCCUUAUCAGGAAUGUAAAGGAGUUGGGUAGAGAAGAAGGAGAAGAGAGUGAAGCAAAGCUGAGGGAUGCCUUGGAGAUAUUGGAGAGGGAGAAGAAGAUGUUGGAGGAAUUCCCAGAUUUGCAACUUGAGGACAAUACGAAGCGGCUUAGGCAAGCUUGUUUUAAAGCUAACUAUAAGAGGAGAAGGCUCAUGGGUAUGGAGUCACUAUCUUGCUCUAGCAGCAAUCGAGGAAGUGUGGAUGAUGUCAUGGCUAAUGAUCAGAGAAUGGAUGAAGAAGAAGAAGAAGAAGAAGAAGAAGAGAAAUCUCUGUUGUUGGACUCCUUUUCAUCUAGCAGUAGCAUAAUGUUGUAA